AUGAAAGAUAAGAAUCAAAAGUCUACAAGUAAAUCAGAUGAGAAUAUUUUUAUUACAAACAGCAGUGGUGUUCUUGAGAUUAAAGCACAAACUACAACACCUUCAGACGCAGAUGAUAUUUCAUUAACAAUUUCCUAUGUAACUACAACCUCUAAAUCUAUAACUUAUACUGCUACUCUGCUUGAUUCAAAAAAAGCACGACUUUUUUAA